AUGGUCAAACUUUCCGGAAUCCAGCGUGCUCCUAAGUCUGUUGCGAAGGAGGGCAAGAAACGGACACUUAUUGAAUCCGAAGCAGCGGGCGAUUCGAGCGAUGAUGAGCUGAUCACAGAGGGUCUCAUCGACGAGGGGUCUGAUGAUUCAGACGAGCAGGAAGAUCUUGAAAAUGAAGACGACAGUGCCGGCGAGACCACGCAAUAUCAAUCAGCAGAAGAAGGAUAUGAAGAUGAGGCAAACGAAGAAGAGCAGGAUUCAGAUGAAGAACUCAACAGACUUUUGGCUGCCGAAGAACCUGAAGAAAAUGACUCGGAAGCGAACGAAUCUGUUGAAUUCUCUGAAGAUAGCGAUUCUGCCUCCAUGUUGGACAAAUUAUCAAGCAUUCAACUAAACACUAUACCUGAAGUUCGCACCAAAUUCUCAGACGGCACACCUCGUGUCAUCAAGCCCGAGAUUAACCCCAUCUACGACAGUGACGACAGUGAUGUGGAAACAAACAACACUAUCGGUAACAUACCGCUCUCGGCAUACGACGAAAUGCCCCACAUUGGUUACAGUAUCAACGGUAAGAGAAUCAUGAGACCUGCUAAGGGUACUGCUUUAGACCAACUUUUGGACACGAUCGAACUACCUGAGGGCUGGACUGGUCUUCUAGACAAAAAUACCGGUGCAAGCUUGAACUUGAGCCAAGAAGAACUGGAACUAAUUUCUAAGAUUCAGCAAAACGAAAAAACCGACGACUCAGUGGAUCCUUAUCAGCCAUACGUCGACUGGUUUACUAGACACACUGAAGAAACCCCUCUAACAGCUGUUCCAGAGCCAAAAAGAAGAUUUGUUCCUUCCAAGAAUGAGGCCAAGAGAAUUAUGAAGAUCGUUAGGGCCAUAAGAGAGGGCAGGAUCAUCCCCCGCAACAAGCUGAAGGAGAUGAGAGCUCAAGAAGAACAGGCUGGAUCUUACGAUCUAUGGGGAACCGAGAGCAUCAAUGACCACGUCAUGAACUUGCGUGCACCCAAAUUACCUCCUCCUACUAACGAUGAGAGUUACAAUCCUCCCGAGGAAUAUCUCAUGAGCAAGGAGGAGAAAGAGGAAUGGGAGAAGUUGGAGCCUAGCGAAAGAGAUAGAGGCUUCGUUCCUCAGAAAUAUGGUGCUCUCAGAAAGGUUCCCGGUUACGGUGAAUCUGUUAGAGAAAGAUUCGAAAGAUCGUUGGAUCUAUAUCUUGCACCAAGAGUGCGCAAGAACAAGCUGAACAUUGAUCCUGAGUCCUUGAUUCCAGAACUGCCAUCUCCAAAGGAUUUGCGGCCAUUCCCCAUUCGUUGUUCUACUGUCUACCGGGGUCAUGAAGGUAAGAUCAGAACACUUUCCAUUGAUCCAAGUGGUCUAUGGCUAGCUACCGGUUCCGAUGACGGUACUCUAAGAAUAUGGGAAAUUCUCACUGGAAGAGAAGUUUAUAAAGUCCAGCUUGUCGACACGAAGGAGAACACUGACGACAACAUAGAUGCUAUAGAAUGGAACCCUGACCAAUCCACCGGUAUUCUUGCAGCUGCCGCUGGUGAACAGAUCUACUUGAUAGUGCCACCAAUUUUUGGCUUCGAAAUCGAGAAUAAUGGCAGAACAAAGAUCGAGGAUGGAUUCGGUUUCGAUACGUUUGGAAACGUCAAGAAAUCAGAUCUCAAUGUAAAUGAGACCGAGGACAACGUGGAGUCUGAGGCAACAACAGCCAAAAGCAAAGUGGCUCAGUGGACGAAGCCUACUGAGAGGCAAGCCGAAAAGGACAUAGCUGUGGUCAUCACAUGCAAACACACGGUUAAGAAACUAUCAUGGCACAGAAAGGGUGACUACUUUGUCACAGUUCAACCCAAGUCUGGUCACACUUCCGUGUUGAUUCAUCAACUCUCUAAGCAUCUCUCUCAGUCACCAUUCAAGAAGUCUAAAGGUAUUGUCAUGCAUGCAGUAUUCCACCCUUUCAAGCCGCAACUCUUUGUGUGCUCUCAAAGGUACGUCAGAAUCUACGACUUGGCGCAGCAGGUUCUUGUGAAGAAGCUAAUGCCGGGUGCCCGCUGGCUAUCUACCAUCGACAUUCAUCCAAGAGGUGACAAUCUACUGGCAUCGUCUUUCGACAAGCGUGUCUUGUGGCAUGAUCUAGAUUUGGCAAGCACUCCUUACAAGACCCUGAGAUACCACGAAAAAGCGGUACGGAGUGUUUCCUUCCAUAAGAAACUUCCAUUGUUUUGCUCGGCUUCUGACGAUAGUAUUAUUCACAUCUUCCAUGCUACUGUGUAUGAUGACAUGAUGAAGAAUCCACUGUUAGUGCCGCUGAAGAAACUCGAAGGACACAAGACCGUGAACAGUCUUGGUGUUCUAGAUUUGAUUUGGCAUCCAAGAGAAGCUUGGUUGUUCUCAGCAGGAGCAGAUGGUACCGCGCGUAUGUGGACCAGUUGA